UACGGAAGCUAACGUUAUUCUGCACUUCACUGAAGACUAUUUUACUAAACAAAGAGCUAUUUUCUAUGACUUGUAGUUGUAGAAGAGACAGAUCAGCAAUCCCCUGCUGUGUUUUUAUAAUAAACAAUUAUCAUUCAGUCACACAAGAGCUUCAGAAAUAGACAACAGAAAUUGUUAACAAAAUAAUGGAAACUGGUGAUGUUAAAACAUUUCAUCAGUGUGUUGUAUGUGAUGAGGUUUUUAAACAAUAUGAAGAUUUAGAAAAACACAAUAAGAUACAUGUUAAAGAAGAGAAAACUGAUGAUGUAGAUGGAUAUUGUCAUGUUAAAGAAGAGAAAACUGAUGAUGUAGAUGAAUAUUGCCAUGUUAAAGAAGAGAAAACUGAUGAUAUAGAUGCAUAUUGUCAUGUCAAAGAAGAGAAAACAGAUGAUAUUGAAACUGUUUAUCAGUGUAAUUUGUGUGAUGAAGAAUUUAAAUCUUACACUGAUUUAGAAAAACACUGUGAAAUACAUGUUAGUCAGCAAGGGCAAACAGGAGAUAAACGAUAUAAAUGUGAUGUUUGUAGUAAAUCUUUCACUGCCAAUGAUACUCUACAGACCCACAUGAGAAUUCAUACCGGGGAAAAACCUUAUAAAUGUGAUGUUUGUGGUAAAUCAUUUACUCAGACUGGUCAUUUGCAGAACCAUAUUCGAAUUCACGCUGGUGAAAAACCUUAUAAAUGUGAUGUUUGUGGUAAAUCAUUUAGUCAGAGUGGAUCUCUACAGAGACACCUGAAAACUCAUUCCGGAGUAAAACUUUAUAAAUGUGAUGUUUGUGGUAAAUCAUUUAGUCAGAGUGGAUCUCUACAGAGACACCUGAAAACUCAUUCCGGAGUAAAAUCUUAUAAAUGUGAUGUUUGUGGUAAAUCAUUUCGUCAGACUGGUCAUCUACAGAACCAUAUUCGAAUUCACGCUGUAGAAAAACCUUAUAAAUGUUAUGUUUGUAGAAAAUCAUUCUCACAGAAUAUUAAUCUACAGUCACACCUGAAAACUCAUUCCAGAGGAAAACCUUAUAAAUGUGAUGUUUCUGGUAAAUCAUUUGGUCAGAGUGGAACUCUAAGGGAUCACAUGAAAACUAAUUCUAGAGGAAAACCUUAUAAAUGUGAUGUUUGUGGUAAAUCAUUUUGUAAGAAAUAUGAUCUAAAGAUUCAUAUCAGAAUUCAUACUGGUGAAAAACCUUAUAAAUGUGAUGUUUGUAGUAAAUCAUUCCCCACCAAUGGUAAUCUACAGACACACAUGAGAAUACAUACUGGAACAAAACCUUAUAAAUGUGAUGUUUGUGGUAAAUCAUUUAGUCAGAGAGGAACUCUACAGACACACAUGAAAACUCAUUUCGGAAAAAAAUCUUAUAAUUGCUCGCCAAUGUUUUUAUAAUAAAGUAGCCUCAUAUUAUUUGUUGAUUGGCGUUUAAACAACAUUUAAUUGACUUGAUAUGAAAUCUGAAUAUAAAUUAUUCAAUGGAUAAACGUUUGUGAUAGGAUAAGGUUAU